CCCACCACUUCAUUCCCAUCACCAAUCUCCACCAACCAUUUAAAUCUCCCUAUCCUCCCCCCCCACCCUUUUCUUCUCCUCUUACCCACCUCCCUUUCACCUAAGCUCUGCUGCUGCUUCCACAGAAAACUUGGGCAAUGGCCUCUGCUGCAGUGACUGCUGCAGUCAGCUCCCUUCCUUCCUCCAAGUCCUCAUCCCUCAGUAAGACCCCGUCCAUCUCUCCUGCUACUCUCGAGAGGACCAGCUUCCACAAGGCAUGCUUGUACUCGAGAAGCGUCUCCACAGCCAAUGCCAGGAAGAAGCUGGUCGCCGUUCGAGCCCAGGUAACCACCGAAGCUCCUGCCAAGGUAGCGAAGGUCUCCAAGAAGAACGACGAGGGUGUCGUCACCAACAAGUACAAGCCCAAGGAGCCCUACGUCGGGACAUGCCUCCUCAACACCAAGAUCACCGGCGACGACGCGCCCGGCGAGACAUGGCACAUGGUCUUCAGCACAGAGGGAGAGGUUCCCUACAGAGAGGGGCAAUCGAUCGGUGUGAUCGCCGACGGCAUCGACAAGAACGGGAAGCCACACAAGCUGAGACUCUACUCCAUCGCCAGCAGUGCUCUCGGUGACUUCGGUGACGCCAAGACCGUUUCUCUGUGUGUGAAGAGGCUGGUUUACACCAACGAGCAAGGGGAGGUCGUGAAAGGAGUCUGCUCAAAUUUCCUGUGUGACCUGAAGCCUGGCGCGGAAGUGAAGAUAACAGGACCGGUAGGAAAAGAGAUGCUGAUGCCCAAAGAUCCCAAUGCAACCGUCAUCAUGCUCGGCACCGGAACUGGAAUCGCUCCUUUCCGCUCGUUCCUGUGGAAGAUGUUCUUCGAGAAGCACGAUGACUACGAGUUCAAUGGACUCGCAUGGCUGUUCUUGGGAGUUCCCACGAGUAGCUCGCUGCUGUACAAGGAGGAGUUCGAGAAGAUGAAGGAGAGAGCACCGGACAAUUUCCGGGUGGAUUACGCUGUCAGCAGAGAGCAGGCGAACGAGAAGGGAGAGAAGAUGUACAUCCAGACUCGCAUGGCGGAGUAUGCAGGUGAACUGUGGGAGCUGCUCAAGAAGGACAACACCUUCGUCUACAUGUGUGGGUUGAAAGGGAUGGAGAAGGGUAUCGAUGAUAUCAUGGUCUCUUUGGCUGCUAACGACGGCAUCGACUGGUUAUCUUACAAAAGGGAACUGAAGAGAGCAGAACAGUGGAAUGUGGAAGUCUACUGAUAUGUAUCUCUCUUUUUCCAAAGAUUACUUGCUUCAAUAGGAUCUUCUGCAGCAGAUAUGUUGUACAUAAUCUAUUCGAGUUCUGCAUACUUUUUCUUCUA